AUGGGAAAAGCUACAAGGUGGCUGAGGGGUCUGCUUGGACUCAAGAAAGAUAAAGAAAAUGUGGAUAAAAAUUCGACCUUUAUUGAAAACAAGUCGAAAAAAAAGGUGGGCCAUGCAAAUUCCGGCAAGGAACCUGUGCCCUUGAGUCAGAUUCCGGCCAAGGACUCCGAUUGGUUGAGAUCUCUGAUUGCUGGUUCGAAGGAGGAGCACAGCAAGCACGCCAUUGCGGUUGCUGCGGCCACCGCCGCCGCCGCGGACGCUGCCGUCGCCGCCGCUCAGGCGGCGAUGGCGGUUGUCCGGCUGACCAGCCAGCGCAGAGGUGGGUUUUCCGCCGACCGCAGGGAGAGAUUGGCCGUCGUGAGGAUUCAAACUGUUUUCAGAGGCUAUUUGGCCCGAAAAGCACUGCGGGCCCUGAAAGGGCUGGUGAAAUUGCAGGCACUAGUUCGAGGCUAUAUCGUAAGAAAACGAGCCGCAGCAACUCUGCACAGCAUGCAAGCCCUUCUCCGGGCCCAGGCCGCCAUACGGUCCCAAAGGUCCCGCAGUUCCAUGAGACUUAAAACCUCCAGCGACAGGUUUGACGAGACGCGGUCGAGGGAAUUCCAUAGCAAAAGGCUCUCGUCCUCGCACGACCCCACCUCCCUAAGCACGUUUGACGAGAGCCCAAAAAUAGUCGAAAUCGACACAUAUGGUCCCAAGUCGAGAUCCCGAAGAAUUAGCCCGGAAUACUAUGAUGAUCCCUACUUCCAAGUAAUGUCAUCUCCAAUGCCUUGCCUCUCGACAAACUGUAUGUCCAUCCCUAACUGCAAUCAAGGCCAAGAUUUCGACUGGGGAUUUGUGAAGGAGGACCAUAAAUUCGCAACGGCCCAAAACACUCCAAGAUUCGGAUGUUCGGGCCGGGCCUAUGCCCCCACGACACAAGCCAAGAGCGUGUGCGGAGAGAGGUUCUUCAGCCCGUUCUCGACUUGCCCGAGCUACAUGGCGAACACACAGUCGUUUAGGGCGAAGUUGAGGUCCCACAGUGCACCAAAGCAGAGGCCCGUAUCGGGCCCGAAGAAGAGGUUCUCGCUGAACGAGAUAAUGGCGUCGAGAGCUAGCUUUAGUGGGGUUAGGAUGCAGAGCUCUUGUUCUCAGGUUGAACCAGAUUUUGAAUCUUAG